GCGCUCCGUGGCCGUAACCAUCAUGGCCCCCAAGCAGCUGCUUGUACUAUCAGGUAUGAGUAGACGAAGCAGCGGUCCUUUCCUCACCCGACCGGAGACCGUCAAGCCGAAGCAUAGGAACCGGUAAAGAGGGCGCACCGGAGGAAAAGCCUCCUCAUGACACCCGGUCUUCUCAAUGCCUUCUUCAAAAGCCUCAUUCAGCCAUUUGACAAAGAGGAGUGCGAUCCCGGGCGGCGGAAGCGGCAGAAACAUGAGCAAGAAUUAUUCUCUUAACCUGUCCGUGCAGCAAGUUCUGAGUCUGUGGGUGAAAGGCACAAUACCAACGCUGCAACACUUUACAGAAAUGUGGUACUGGGUGUUCCUCUGGUGCCUCUUCUCCUCUCUGCUUGUGCACGGUGCCGUCGGUCUGCUAAUGUGUGUCAUGCUGCAGAGGCACAGGCGUGGCCGCCUCAUCACCGUAGUGAUCGUCAGCGUGGGCUUCCUUGCUUCUCUCACCGGCAGCGUCAUCACCAGUGCAGCAGUAGCUGGGGUGUACCGCGUCGCGGGAAAGGACAUGGCUCCUCUGGAGGCACUGGUGUUUGGGGUGGGCCAGACCACUCUCACUGUCCUCAUCUCCUUCUCCCGCAUCCUUGCAACUCUCUGAAUGGACCACACUGAGUGACUGAUGCACAUGAUAGCAAACCAGCUGGUAGAAGAGUUGGGGGCAAGACACAUGAGGUGGAGCCUAUGAGAACGGUAGAGGAAGCUGAGAUUUGGAUGUAGGGCUGUUGGAGAGGACAGAGUGGGCCACACCAUCAUCGCAACAGUGAACCCCAUCGCCACAGCAACGAACCCCAUUGCGAUGACAACAAACCCCAUUGCCACAACAGUGAACCACAUUGCCGAGGCAGAAUGGACAUCCGAGUGAACCCCACUGCUGUGGCAGAACGGACCUCCAUAUGAAAUGGGAUUGAAUGCAUCAAAUCUUUCUGUUCAAGAGCAGCACUGUGGUGGUUGCUGGUCUAUUACAGGGAGUCAAUCAAUGUCCCAACUGCCUUGACGACUAGCAGGGAACCCACAACAGGAAAACCCAAGUGGCUUUCUGUGGGAGUUUUGUUCAUUUGUUCUGUUUCUCCAUUGCACUUUUGGGAAAUGUUUUCUUUCAGAACUGUAUCAGAUGAUCUCGUUCGACUUCAGCCACCAUAGAGACAAAGCUGGCACAUGUGCGCCACCAAGAGGGUAAAACACCAACUACAUUUAUGUAAUGAACCGGAUA